UAGUGCAUAAAAUGAAAUAAUGUUUUUGCGGGUAGUUAUAAUAUUAGCGAAAUCAGUUUUUAUUCAUGCUGCUUUGUUACAAAUAACAUGUCAGCACAUCAAAAGAUUCGUAGAUGGUCACAAUCGUGUAAGACUGGCUGUAGCUCAAGGUAAAGUCCCCAACCAGCCCGCAGGCAAUAACAUUAAGCUGAUGAUGUGGGAUGAAGAAUUAGCUCGAAAGGCAGCAAAAUGGGCUGAAAGGAAUGUUUUACAACACGAUCGUGAUAUGACUAUACCAUCACAGAGAUUUAUUUCAGGAGAAAAUCUGUGCUUACACCGCAGCUUUGUUUCAAAAUCUACAUUUAACCCGGAUGAGACCAUUCAAGUAUGGUACGAAGAACAUAAAAAGUACACAUACGAUAAAAUGUCAUACAAUGGUUUUACUAGCAUUGGACACUAUACUCAGCGUCAAAGAGAUUUGAAACAGGGGAAAAUCUUUACUUACGCCGCAGUACUAAUCCUAAUUAUAAAUUGGAUUUGGAUACUAGCAUUAAGGAAUGGUUCGACGAGCACAGGCAUUUCAAAUUUAAAAAACUGGAAUACAGCGAUUUUCAGACAUCUAAUGUUAUUGGGCACUAUACUCAGGUGGUAUGGGCAGACACUAUGUACAUCGGUUGCGCAAUAUCUCAGUUUCAAAAUGACAAAUGGAACUCUUUCAUUGUGGUCUGCAACUAUGCACCAAGUGGUAAUAGAAUAAACCAUCAUCCUUACG